AUGCGCUUCUCUCUUUCCAGACUUGCUGCCUCGAGCCUGCUAUGCGCCGGUCUCGUCUCGGCGCAGACCAACUGUUCCGUUGACAAUGGUCCCUUUGAGGAAGACCUCAACGGCUCCAACUUUACCUACCCGCAUCCGGUGAAGCUCUUUCGCUUCCACAACCAGCUCCAGGACCUGGAAAUGGCCUUUAUGGACAUUGCCCCCUCUUGCGGAUCGCCCAACGGAAAGACGGCCGUAGUCCUGCAUGGCAAGAACUUUUGCGGCCCUACCUGGGGCGCCACGAUUGACGUCCUGACCAGUAUUGGCUAUCGUGUCAUUGCCCCGGACCAGGUUGGCUUCUGCAAGAGCAGCAAGCCUACAGGCUACCAGUUUAGCACCAACCAGCUGGCCAAGAACACGCAAGCUUUGUUGAAGACUCUCGGGAUCAACAAGAUUACCCUGAUUGGCCACUCUCUUGGCGGCAUGCUCUCAAUCCGAUUCGGCCUGCAAUAUCCCGACUUGGUUGAGAAGCUCAUUCUCGUCGACCCGGUCGGUCUCGAGGAUUACGUGGAAAAGGGCGUUCCUUAUAUCGCCCUCGAUGACAGCUACAAGUCCGAGUCUGCUCAAACCUACAAGUCCAUCCGGGGCUACGAGCAAGAGGUCUACUACAUCGGGCAGUGGAAGAGCUCCUACGACACAUGGGUCAACAUGCUGGUCAACAUUUACCACGGCCCCAAGCGCGAGCAGUUUGUCACCAACCAGGCUCAAAUUGUCGACAUGGUGCUGACCUCGCCGGUCGCGCACUACUUUGGCGACCUCAGGCCCAAGACGCUCCUCAUCGUCGGCGACAAGGACAAGACGGCCAUUGGAUCGCAGUGGAGUCCUCCUGACGUCGCUGCCGAGCUCGGUCAUUUUGACAUUCUUGGACCGCUGGUUGCUUCUCAGCUGCCGAAUGGUCAGCUGCAUCAGUUUAAAGAUCUUGGCCAUGCUCCUCAGCUGUCCGAUCCCUCGGCUUUCCAUUCUGUCAUGAUUGACUUUCUUUCAUCAUAA